UUUAAAUGUCUAACUUUUAGCAGGCGGGAAUUUUCAUUCUUUUUUUCGCAGACUUAAUGGAGCGAUACUUCUUAUUUAUUUUUGACGGUGUUCAUGCUGAAGAGGAAUCAUUUCUUUUGAAUUACUUUGGAUCUGAUGAGACAACUUGUGAUGAGCCACUUCAAUCUUCGAAUCAGUUUUAUCAUUCCUCAUAUGUAUAUUUUCUGAAUUUAAAGGAAAGAUGCAAAAAACUCACCGAGUGGAAAGAAGUAAAUGCAACCCAGUAUAUUACGCAGUUAUUGUCGAAAUCUGGUGACAAUAUUGAUGAAGGCAGCAAAAUUGAGGACACAUAUGACUCAAGUUCAAUUGCAGAGUGCAUCAACAGUCUUGCUGAUCUCUUACCUCUUCCUGGAACAUUUGUUCUUGAUGUCAUAGUUGGCUGUAACGUAUUUGAAAAUUUCAGUGUCAGUGAUAAUGUGCAAUUUGCUGCAUCUUUGCAUCGAUUAUCAAAAUGGCAUUCUGCUCACACAUCUUGGCUCUCUCGUAAAACAGACUCAAAUGUCAAGGAAUGGUUGGACCUCACAAAUGCUGAAGAAAUUAAUGUUAAUAGUUUCUCCAAGCUCACUCUGCCCUUUUGGAGGGGAUCAAUUGAAUUCAAGGAUAUUGGUAUAUCAACACAGUGCUAUAAUGGGUUUGAGCUCAGAAUCGAUUCAGAAAGCAAGGAAAUUCUUCAAUAUUUAAAAUUUGUUUUUAACAUCAGCACAUCUGAAUAUUUGCUUUUUAAUCCUGUUUUAAAAGUAACUGAUCUGUGUUGCUUCUCUUCUGUACCUCAACAUCUGAUUUUACCUGUUGUUUUCAAUCUAUGUGUUUCAGAAAACAGCUGUUAUCAUAGUUCUGUUAAGCUUUGUGCCAACAUCAAAGAGAAAAAUGAUGCUGCCCUAAUUCUAAGGAUGGGAUAUUCCGUAUUGAAGGAAAAACCAAAGCCUGAUAAAUUAUUAAGUACAAGUAGAUGGCUGAAAAUAAUUUCCUCUGGCAAUGUGAAAUGUAUUUAUCCUGAGAGUUGUUUCCCUUUUGUUGACAAACAUCUUACUUUGGUUGUUGUUCCAUCUCCGAACUCGAACUGCAUGUCUGCUUACGUUGUAAGAGAUUCUACACACUUGGAUGCUCAUUUUUUCUUUAAUGCAGUCAGUACUCAAAAUAGGCAAUCUCUUCUCACGUCUGGCACGAAAGUGACAGAUUACUUAGUACCUUCUAUUUCAAAGACAACAUUUUUGUCUACAGUAGAGGAAGCUAUACGCUUGCAUGCAGCUUCAGACGAAUCUGGUACUUGUGAAAAUCAGUCUUCUGUGGACACCAGUGAUUUAUUGACUACUUUUAUUCAGUGUAUUGACUCCAGUGAGCUUGUGAAAUGUUACAACAACUUCAGUGAUGUGGAUGCCACUUAUUAUGAAAUUGAUCCAUCUGACUGGGCUGAAAGGAUUAAUUUGCUGCAAAGACAAAUACGGUGUGAUGAAGAAACGAAACACAAAAAGAAUGUUUUCAUGUCAUUUAGCCCCAAAAGAUCUCGGUAUUAUGUUUCCUUCUCUGGUGAAGAUAUUAAGAAAUAUUUUGAGCCUUCUGGUGAACCCAAAGUCAAUAAAACAGCUGAACCUAUACAAUCAGUAUUUAUUACGCUUACAUAUUUAUCUAUAUAUGUAAUUUGUUGUUCUGUUAAAGUUAUCAGGUGCUAUUUGAAUCUAUCAACAGAUAUUUUUACAAAUUAUUUUAUGGGAAAAAAGGACUCUUCACGAUUUUUAACAUAAAAACAGUUCCUUCAC